AUGUUAUACUGUUUUCGAGAAGCUCAAGCAGCUGAACUUGACCUCGGGACGCGCGCAGAUCGUCGCCCGAAAAUGGUGAGCGCCUGCAAAAGUCUAAGGGAGUGCGAACGUUCGAAAGUACCCAAGAUCCAGGACGGUAGUUUGACCGACUACGAAGUUCGAGAUACAUUAGGAGAACCAUAUCAUUGCACUGGAAAUGCCAACUAUCGCCGGAAUGUAGUAAUACUGGAUGACGAUGGGAAGGAAGUACCUGGGACAAUGGGACACAAGUACACGAAGUUUAUGAAUCAGGGCCCCGCAUGCUUCAGUGACCUAGACGAAGCAGAUGGAAAAUUGUUGGAGCACGCGCGUCAAGAAGAGGAAAAAGAAUGGAGAGAUGAAUAUUCGAACAUGCCAUCCCCUCAUGGAGGCGCAGACUCGAUGCGCGCAUACGCGAACACACCCGCUGCUUACCUGGGCUUUUGGUCGCCAGAAGACCUGAUGCUACUGACACUUCCGACUGGAGAGGAAAUGGAGGACGUGUUAUUAGCCCUGGUGGAGGAAUAUCUUGGCGAGUAG